AUGCAAGGCUUUUGGCAUGAUUUACACUACGAUAAUAAAGUUCUCCUCGUCUUCCACCAAGUCAUGUACGGCCACAUGGUUGUGAAAAGCUUGUCAAUUGGGAAUCGACGGACAGACGUAGGAUACGAUGAAAAAUCGUCGAAGCCCUUCGAAACCUACUACAGCAGAACCCGCAGCAUCUAUAGGCUGAAGUCAAGGCUGUUUAAGAACGACACAAAUGCAGCGUUCCUGCGAGCAGCAAGAGCGGGAAAUUUGGAGAAAGUCUUAGAGCACCUGAAGAGCAACACAGACAUCAACACUUGCAAUGCCCUGUUGCUGACCGAUGAGUCUCAGGUUGGAGAAAAUUACAAGAAAAACUGA